AGCAGGAAGUCUGAACGAACGCGCUCAGUCACAUUCUCCGCUGUGACCUCGGAGGACAUGGGCUAAAUUCAACCAGGCGCACUAGCAUGAAUUACUGGACUAAAUCGCCGAUUCAUCGGUCCCAUGCCAUCAGUAAGCAGGCGUGGGAAUUAAUCAACGAGAGCAGUCCGAAGUUGCCAUCCGUCUAGCGGCUAACGUGCCGCUGACUGGAGUCGGCAACAUGGCAAACGUUAAAGUGGCGAUUCGAGUACGUCCACUGAAUUCCAGGGAAAGCGUGGAUGGAGGACCAACCGCAGUACAAGUGGAGGACAAGGUGGUGAGGAUCAAGAAUAUGAAGUCUCUCUCCCUGCAGCUGGAGGGGCGUGCUGACUCGCGGGAGCGUCUGAUGGAGUUUGGCUUUGAUUACUGUUACUGGUCUGUGGACCCCGAGGGGCCCAACUAUGCAUCCCAGGAGGAGGUGUUUCAGGACCUGGGUGUGUCAGUGCUGUCCGGAGCAUCAGAAGGCUAUAAUGUGUGUCUGUUUGCGUAUGGCCAGACGGGAUCAGGGAAGACCUACACCAUGAUUGGCACCCCUGACUCCAUGGGACUGACUCCAAGGAUUUGUCAGGGACUUUUCAGGUCUGGAGAGGAUUCUCCAGAUGAACAGAGCUCUUGUCGUGUGGAAGUAAGUUUCCUGGAGAUCUAUAAUGAGCGCGUGCGGGACCUGUUGAGGGGUGUUGACCAGAAGAAGCCGGCCGGGCUGAGAGUGAGGGAGCAUCCAGAGACGGGCCCAUAUGUACAGGGUUUGUCCCAGCAUCAAGUCACCGACUACAAGCAGACCCUGGAUCUGCUGGAGAGAGGCAUUGGCAACCGCAUCACCGCGGCAACUCACGUCCAUGAUGCCAGCAGCCGGUCACACGCCAUCUUCACCAUCCAGUACACGCAGGCUACUCUAGAGAAUAACCUCCCCUCCGAAAUUGUGAGCAAGAUCAACCUUGUGGAUUUGGCUGGCAGUGAGAGAGCCGACCCACACUACUGCAGGGAUCGCAUCACCGAGGGAGCCAACAUCAACAAGUCUCUGGUUACCCUGGGCAUUGUCAUCUCUGCCCUGGCCCAGAACUCGCAGAUGUUCAGCAGCUGUCAGAGCAUUAACAGCGUGGCCAGUGAGGGGGAGGGCAGCCUGUCCAGCACCCUGUCCAGCUCCCUGUCAGCGUGCAGCGGCCGCAGGCACUGCUACAUCCCCUACAGGGACUCCGUCCUCACCUGGCUGCUCAAGGACAGCCUGGGGGGCAACUCCAAAACCAUCAUGAUAGCCACGGUUUCCCCCUCCUGCAGCAGCUACAACGAGACCCUCAGCACCUUGCGCUAUGCAGCCCAUGCAAGGAACAUCGUCAACAAACCCAGAGUCAAUGAGGAUGCCAAUGUAAGGCUGAUCAGGGAACUGCGGGAGGAGAUAGACCGUCUGAAGAGCAUGCUGCUCAACUUUGGAAUGAGGAACCCCAGCCCCUCCCUGAGUGAUGAGAGAGAGGGGAGCCUGUCUGACAUUGUGCUUCAGAACGAGCUCAAGGUUGACCAGCUGACAAAGGACUGGUCGGAAAGCUGGACUCACAAGCGGGAGCUGCUGGAGCAGUACAGUGUGGACAUCAACCGUGACCGCGCCGGCUUCCUGGUCCACUCCCUGGUGCCGCACCUCAUCGCGCUGGACCGGGACGUCCUGAGUACUGGAGUCACUUUCUACCACCUCAGGGAAGGGUUAACCAGAAUUGGACCUCAAGGGAAUGGUCAGGAGGAACCUCAAAUAGUCCUGCUUGGUGGCGCUAGCUGUGAGAUUGAGAAUCAGUGUGGGGUCGUAACCUUGAGGCCUCUACCAGGCCAGGUGUGCAUAGUGAAUGGGCGAGAGGUGACAGAGCCGUGCAGACUAGCACAAGGUGCAGUGAUAAGCCUGGGCCAGUAUAAAUUUCGGUUCAACCAUCCAGCAGAGGCUGCUCUCCUGAGAGAGCGGAGACAGACCAGUGAGGGUGCCCUACACGACAGCCUAUCUGCACUCUGCUCUCUCAGUGCUGAUCCGAGCGUGGAGGGAGCUGGUUGCCCGGGUGACACACCUCCUCCCUGGCGGCGUGUGGAGGAGCAGCAGCGCUUUGUGGACCUCCUACGUGAGGAAAUCCAGGUGGAGCAGAGGAAAGCAGAGCGGGACCUGGAGAUGGAGCAGGCCCACCUCAGACAGCAGCAGUCGGAGAUUCAGCAGUGGGUCCUGAAGCAGAAGCAGCGGCUAGCAGCCAUAGAGCAGAAGGUCACAAAGGAGUUGGGGGUGCAGACCGACCUACUGACCCCUCCCAUGAUGGAUCUGGGGUCUUUGAGGUCUGAGGACCAAGACCAGGAGGGCAGUCGACCCCCAUCUGUGGUUGGUGAUUGCAAGCAGGUGGUGCAGGAGGAGCUGCUCCGACAUCAUGCGUUACGCCGAGCGGAAAACCGAAUGAGACGCAAGCGGCUGCACUACCAGCUGCAGAGGAUCGCGCGCAAGCGCCACCUGCUGGAGGCCAAGAGGGAGCUGCAGCGUCUGGUGAACAGUGUACCACCAGGUCAAGACGGCCCCUCAUCUCCUGAAUCAGACUCGGGUUCAAGGCGGCAGCCCCUACUUCUACGAAGGCAUUCUUUUUCUGCUGAUCUGUUGUCACGUCUCUAUCCCCAACACACCCCCAUCUUCAGUCAAUUCCUGAGGAGGAACAAAUCAUCAGAGUUCAUGUCACUCUAUCAGUGGUCCACUGGUCUAGGAAGACACUCCUCUGAUGAAUACUUUCGAGAUCAGCCAAUGAGAGGGCGCUCUCAUACACUACCCUCAGGUUAUGGGAGAGGGAGCAGAAGCAGGGCCAGUUCCUCUGAGAACCUGAAAACGCCCCUGAGGGAGAGGAAUACCCCUGAGCCCGGCAGUGGAAAGUCGUCUGGCUAUAAAGCUGGGCCAUCCAGACGCGGUUCCCUGCCUAGGAGUAGGUCAAAUAGUCAAAGUAAAUCCUCAGAGGACACGACUCCAGAUACAAAUUCUAAGGCCACAAAGAAACAUGUGCCUAUAAUUGGCAAAGCAAGUCUACAAAAGAACUCUACAAAAGGAGUGAAAAAUGGCUCUCAUGGAGGCAGUAAGGGUUUAGAGACGAUUCGGAAGGUUUUCUCACGUUCGGUGGGCCCUGGCAUCAAAACUGCACUCGCAAGGGUCUUCCGCAAGCCUCCCUUAGGCCUGCGAACAGGCAGGGGUGCCAAGCCUCUCAAAGCCCCAGGGAAAUUGACUGUGAAACCAGGCAAAGAAAAAGAUACUUUAGACAAUACAGAAAAACAAGGGCAAGGACUCAUGAAGGCAACGGUGUCUUUAGACAACCUGGAGCAAACAACAGCAGCGACUCCAAAAGAAGACACAACCCAGAGGCGCUGGCACAGUGCCGAGGCCCUGUCCCCUCAGACGAUGAGGUGGGAGGGGAGACAGCAGGACCUAGCGCACUGGAUCGAGAACCUCCAGGAAGAGGAAGGAAACCCUUCAGACUGUGACAGCCUCUUCUCGAUGGACUCCCUGUCCUCCGCUUACGCUGCAGCCCUGGCAGACCAGCUCAGGCAGGAGGAGUUGGAGAGGGAGCACAGUGAGACAGAGAGUGUAGGCAGUGGAAUGUCUGAGGACUCACUAGUCAUGGACAGCAGUGUAAACCACCCAACUGUAAGACCUGCUGUGAGACAUCAGCAAGUACCACGCCAUCUUUCACUCUAUAGUAAUGCUUCUCAGGCAGUGGGAAAGGAAAGAAUCACUGAGGACGGUCAACAACAAAGGAAAGAGGAAGAGGUGGUUAUGGAAGCAUCAGAUGAAAUGCCCGCAGAGGUUUACUGGAGCUUGUGUGGAUCUCCAAAAGUCAAAGCACGAACUGUAUCUGUAGGCACGCCAGGGACUGACCAUGAGAGACAGUCUAUUACAGGCCUCGUUUGUGGAGAUAAAGUUGUAUCAAAGAUGAGUGAAGAACCGUCCAGCUGUCACGUAACACAGCAGAGCACACCUCGUUCCCUCAGCAGCUCCAGUAUCAGAGAGCCUGAGUGCAUGCUGGCUUUAACUGACGCCUGGUCUUCCAUGGAUGCUGCCGAUAGCCCCAGGAUCCCUAGGCCUUCCCCAGGACAUAGAGCUCCCUGUCACCUGCUCAAGGAAAGCGACAGGAGCCUGAGCCCCAGCAGUCCAGAUCUGUCUGACCACAUGAGUGAGUCUGAGUGCCAGAGCUCAUUUUCUGCUGAAUCCACAGAAGGUGAGAACACAGUGCUACAAGCAGAGAGGUAUUGGGAGUCUGAUAGAAGUGCUGAAGAGCCAGCAAGUUGCUUUUUAAGAACUUCAUCUGAAGUGGUGCUAAGCUCAGGAAACACCCUGACUCUGGCCAGUGAGGAGAUGGUCAGUGAAAGUGCUGAACUAAGAACUUUGACUGAAGUGGUGGUGCUAAGCUCAGGAAACACCCUGACUCUAGCCAGUGAGGAAAUGGUCAGUGCAUCUGAUGAACUGAUGAACUCUCAAAAUGAUGUAGAACUGAGACACAUUCAGGCAGAGUUGGUUUUGGUAGAAGAGACACAGCUGAUGGACCCACAUGUACCUGGUGCUAUUGAUCAGAUGAUCUGGUCCAAAAAGACCCUGUCAAUGGCAGUCAGUGUUCCAAACGGAGUAGACACAGUUGACAGGGAGUACAUGUCUGCAACUAAACAGUCAAAAUCAAUGGAUCUCACCUCAAAUUCAGUGAAUGCAGCUGUUGGUCAUUUAGGGGAGUCAGUUACAGAAUGUCCAGUAAGUACUGCACGCGCAAACUCCAAAGGUAGUGCAAGAACAACAUUAGGAAAUGUGGCAGAAGACAUUAAAAAACACGAGUCUAAAGAAUCCGUGCAUAUAGUCAAUAGUAUGUCCCUUGAUUCCUGUGAUGUUGAACAUCAUGUUCAUGAUGAGCCUCAGGCAGGUUUGACUCUUAAAAGCACUUUAAAAGGAAUACAUGAUCAGUGCCUACCAGUGAAUUCCAGUCAUUAUCUCCAACCUACAGCAUCUGGAAGUCUUAUAGCUUUCGAUCUAAUCGAGCAGAGCUUGUUCGAUGUACCCAAAGCACAAAUUCAUCUUACCAAAGUGGAUGUUAUCGGAUCUUCUGGUGGGGGUAGUGGGGAAAGCACUGAGAGCAUCGUUGCUCAUGCUGUGGAAGGCUACAUUGAAACAACAUGUAAAGAAAUCCCUGCAUACAUCAAAGAUUUUCCUGUGAGCAUCAAAGCACAGCAAGCAAAAGAUGUGCUUGAUAACUUCAGGCAUGUUACCCAUUGCACUGCAGCUGAAACUGUCCAGAAUCAAGAGUCAGAGCCUCACGAUAUCACAUGUAGGAAGUCAAGAAAAAGGAUCAAAGAUGGCCAAGAUGCAUGUACUAGCACUUUAAAAUUCCCCAAAAGAUGUCAUUCUUCCCCAGAAAAAAACAUACAUGUGACUCCAGAUAAGACUGACAAAGACUUGAAAGAGAGUUACAACAAUGAACUUAAUCAAUCUUUCACUUCUAAAGAGGAAUGUUUUGUGGAGAAGAAGCCAUGCCAUGAAGAAAAGUAUGUUUUCAAACUGAAUACUGCAGAAAAGAAUAUUGAGAAUGAGCUUAAGACUACAGCUCACGCUAAUCCAAGGAGUUUCGGCACAAAUUAUUCUUGCAUUAUUAAUAAAAAAAUAUCAGAAGUAGUGCAAGAACAUCUAGAAAUGUCAGCUGAUAGUGACCAACAGCAUCUAUUCUCUGUUACUAACAGUGGUUCUUCAAAGAGUGUAAAAGAAAUCGGCGUAGAGUGUACACAACAGCAGCACAGCUCAGACACUGUUCAGGAUUACUGUCUUUCAUCCUCUCAAACAGUAUCCCUCUCGCCACAGUGUCUGACGUUAAAUCAAAACGACACGGUCACAAAAGAUGUACCAAGUUGCAGUCACCAGCAAGACUUUGGAUCACUCCAAGUUGUCAAAGACCAAACAGGUUGUGGGAGUAAAGAGGUCAACGCACACAUGGACACAAAGAGUCCAAGGAGCAGUGCUGGACGCACAAGUGAGGAAAGUUUAGACAAAGGCUUGUCUGUAUUACUACAACAGGAUAUCCCAAAGGAAUUGCAAAUGGAUAGCAGUAAGUCGAAACGAGACAUAAUGCUUGCCACAUUAAAAGAAGCUGGGAAAGCAGUUCAGUCAGAUGUAUGUAACCUCAGUGCCAAGCUGGAAAAGGGGACUCUUAGUGCUGGCAGCUCAGUGCAACACACAGAUUCACUGAAAGUAGCAACCACAGAGAAAGACAAGGCCUCUGUCAUGACUGGGCAACUUGGAGUUUCUGAAAGCAUCCCACCUCCCGCUGUUGAAGGUGCAGUCGGAGAAUAUGCCACAUUCACAAAGCAACACACAGAAUCAUUCAAAGUAGCAAACACAGUGAAAUACAAGGCCUCUGUAAUGACUGGACAAUGUGGAGUAUCUGAAAGCAUUCCAUCCCCCACUGCUGAUAGUGCAGUGAGAGAAUCAGCCACAUUAUCAAUACAACACACAAAACCACUGAAAGAAGCAAACAUUGAAAAACAUGGUGGCUCUGUCAUGACUGGACAAUGUGGAGUAUCUGAAAGCAUCCCACGUCCCGCUGUUCAAGGGCCAGUCAGAGAAUCAGGCACAUUCACAAAGCAACACACAGAAUCAUUCAAAGUAGCAAACACAGUGAAAGACAACGCCUCUGUCAUGACUGGACAGUUUGGAGUAUCUGAAAGCAUCCCAUCCCCCACUGCUGAAGGUGAAGUUGGAGAAUCAACCACAUUCGUAAAGCAGCAUACAGAAUCACUCAAGGUAACUAACACAGUAAAAGACAAGGCCUUUGUCAUGACUGGACAAUCUGGAGUAUCUGAAAGCAUCCCACCUCCCGCUGUUGAAGGUGAAGUUGGAGAAUCAACCACAUUCGCAACGCAGCAUACAAAAUCACUCAAGGUAACUAACACAGUGAAAGACAAGGCCUCGGUCAUGACUGGACAAUGUGGAGUAACUGAAAGCAUCCCACCCCCCACUGCUGAAGGUGCCGUCGGAGAAUCAACCACAUUCUCAAUACAACACACAAAAUCACUGAAAGAAGCAAACAUUGAGAAAAAUGAUGGCUCGGUCAUGACUGGACAAUCUGGAGUAUCUGAAAGCAAACCAUCCCCCACUGCUGAAGGUGAAGUUGGAGAAUCAACCACAUUCGCAAAGCAGCAUACAGAAUCACUAAAGGUAACUAACACAGUGAAAGACAACGCCUCUGUCAUGACUGGACAAGGUGGAGUAUCUGAAAGCAUCCCACCUCCCGCUGUUGAAGGUGCAGUCGGAGAAUCAGCCACCUUCACAAAGCAACACACAGAAUCACUCAAAGUAGCCAACACGGGAAAAGACAGGGCCUCUGUUAUGACUGGACAGCUUGGAGUAACUGAAAGCACCACAUCCCCCACUGUUGAGGCUGCUGUUGGAGAAUCAGCUGCAUCAUUUGUAAAACGAGAGCUUGCAAAGAAUGGUGUAAAUGGUUAUGACAUCCCUCCAGAAGACAAGAUUUGCAACAUAUUGCCAGUGCUUUGUCCUAGAGAGGGAGAAAAUGUCCACUUUGAGCAAACCCAUGUGCAAAUACAAAAUUUAAGUAAAUGUGUUGCAUCUGAAAUGUAUCCAGUUGACUUAAAUGGACAGAGCACACCGAGUUCUCACUUGAACAAUCUACUAAAACAGACUGAAAAUAUUUGGAUACCGGAGCCUCCCACUGAACAAUCAACACUAAUAUUUGCUCAGCAUAUGCCAAAUAGCCAAGAUAAUCAAUCAAGGCAUUCACACAGUACUUCUUACUUGACAGAACACACAACUCAAAACCUAAACAAAAAUGGGAAAACAUUCAGUUCACAGAUGACAGUCAAGGCCCCACAACAUAGAAUUACUGAUAAACAUCCAUGUAAUGAAUCAUCCAUACGAAACUCAAACACCCUGAAAUAUCAAGAGAUCUUACAAGGUCAUGCUAGCAUCCAGCAAUGCCCUUUUGACAAAACUAUAGCCAGUAAUUCUAGUGACCACUUACUGGAUACUGAGGGAAAUACAGUAGGUGAAGAUGGUUUAAUUCAGAGGGGGGAGCACAAUGGCAGUGCUUUGUCCAUAACAUCAUGCCACAAACCCCCAGAAUUCAAUGCUGUACUUCAAGUCCAGGCAGACCAACAGCGAGAACAUUUUCAGCAUGCUGAAUUAAAUGUGUCACAUCUUUCCCAAACAAAUACCAAACAAUUUAACACUCAAGGACCUAAGUACAUUAACAAAAUUGAGUUGGAGAUUUCAUGUAAUGGAAAGCAUUCACCUGAUGUAUCAGAGGAAAUGUUACAGAGUGCACAUCAGUUAUCCAGCCAAGAGAAACCUAGCUUUCCGUUGUGUAAAAAGACUGUGCAACAAUCAUCAGGAGUGACAUCAAAUCUGAAAGUUACAUCUGUUGAUGUAUGUGGGCUUAGGAAGGCUCAAUGGCAAUUAUCAAAAGGGACGGAAGACAGUGAUUCAAGGGAUGAUUCAAACUUAAGUGGAGACACAAGUAGGUUAGCUCUCACUAAACCCAGAGACUGCAGAGACAACCGAAUAGCUGCUAAUCAGAAAAUGAAGACAAAGAAGUUCAGAAGGGCUCAGGUCAUGGCUCCUCCCAGUUCAUCAAGUGAGUCAGUACCUGACUCUUCUUCAACUGAAAGUAUUCCAGUGAAGAUGCGUCAGUAUAGAUCUUCUGCCAGGACCAGACCUGAACCUCAGGUUGGUAAACAAGAAGAAUCAAGACACGUCAGAUUAGACCCACAGUUUAGUGAAGACCAAAAGUCAAAAACACGCUCCAGUCAAAGUCAAACUUCACUGGAGAGGAAAGUGAAUGAGAGCAGUGCUUUACAGUCUCCUAACAGUAGAGUCUCACUUUCAAAUGCAAAAUUGUCCUCUGCUACUGUGCCUAUUCAACAACAUGAUGAUAAACAGAACUUUGUCCUUACUCAAAAGGAACAUAGACCUACGGAAACAUUGAAUUUGAGUGAGAAAAAAGCUAAUUUCAAUGUUGUUUCACCCGUAAAUGGAAACCAAUGUAAAAUCACAGAUGAUACCCAUUUGAAACACAUUAUAAAUGUGUCUAAACAGUUGAGCGAUACCCAAUUGGAUAAUGAUAUGUUGAAGAAAGAGGACGCCACCAUGCAAUUUGCGUCUAUCGACAUCAAUCCAUUCAUUCACCCGUGGCAAGACACAGAGCCCAAUAAAGCAACCUACAAAAACCAAGUGUUUGGAAGUGCAGCUGAGAUCUGCAGCAAAUACCCACUUCUGAAUUGUCCUGACAAGCAGAUGACUAGAUGUUGCAGUGUGGACAAUGGCCUCAAUGUUCAGAACUCCCCAUUUAACUCCCAUCUUAGCACUUAUGCAAACAGUAGGGGACUGUCCAGUACUCUCAGCAGCAUGGAAGAUUUGAAAGAGCAGGUCAGCACUCAGUCUCAUGUUAUGGCUUGUCGCCAAUCAUCUUUAGAUGAAAAUGGACAGAACCUGACUACAGCAUCUUGCAGCUCCUCUUACAGUGGUGCCUCUGGGGAUUUGGGGAACAGUUCAGGUCUGGUGGAUGAAAUUAUGUUGGUUUAUCCUUCUCAACAAGAGUCCCAGGGCUUGGGAAAUCAAAGCAUUAGUAUGUGUGACCACAGCACUCAGACAAUCACUCAUGGUGUAGACGUGAAGAGAAGAAGGUGCCAUCACCGGAGCAGCACUCAGGUUGAGACAACUUUGCAGGGAAAGGUACCUGCCACUUGGGCCAGUCUUCAGAAUAUGUCGGCUCAUCUGUCCGAGCUGAUACACAACACAUCCGAUCUUCUGGGGAACAUUCAGGGCAUGAGGAGUGGAUCCGUCCAAAGGCAGGAGCACAUCCGGAAGACCAGGCAUCCCAAUCAAACCAGCAUGAAAGAUGGCUCAACCCAAACAACACUGGAUAUUGGGAUACAAACUGAGGAGAUGGACACACAUGGACACCACACUAAGAGCACACGCAAAGCUCCAGUUACAGACACAAAUUCCAAAGCCCAUGAGGUAAAUGUUAUUGUCAAAGUCAUUGGCCCCAAUUCUCUCAGUGUAUCUGAGGGGGAUGAUAUCACUCUUUCUUUGUACGACAGAGGGAGUGGUAGAUUCUCUGAAAAUGUCAAGAGCAUGCCUGACUUACGAGAAAAUAGACCCCCUUCUUCAGGACGGUUGCAUCCUAAAGGCACCCUUUUGAAAAUUCCCUCUCUAGAGACGGUGUUGCCAAGUGACCGCCACAUUACCCCCGAUGUCUCUCCAGUUUUCCCCAAAGACCUGAGCUUUGACAAAGUCUCCCCUUCAGGUUUUGGAUUAUCGACAGUUAGAAGGUGCUCUUCACAGAUAGAUGUUCCAGAAAGUCAAACACCAUGCAGACGUACAAGGAAUUAUUCUUGCAAGCAAGUUAGCUUCACUGACCGUGCCUCCUCUCCUAUUCUCACUGUUGAGGCUGGUGUAGGAGGCCGGGAUAGAAGAACCUCGACACCAUAUCAUGACUUGGCCGAAAGGCAUGAAAGGCACAACCAUACUGAAAAACAGAUUUACACCAGCAAAAUUACCUCUCCUAGGACUGAGCAAUUUCAGACUACCUCUACUAAAAGCAGCCCAGGAGAACUACAUGAUCAGGAUCUUAGGAAGACAUAUAGUUCUUCAGAUAUUUCAAUUGGAACUAUCUCUACUGGACAUAUUAGUGACCUCAGUAAAUCUACUUCAGAUGUUUCUAAUGGAUCCUCGACCAACUCUCAAAUCAAGAACCCGAAUUCCAGAACAUUUUCUCACAGAAAUACCAGUGAAAAAGGAACUGGUCAGGCUCCUUUUCAAACACCUCCCUGUCCACAAAAUCUAAAAUGGGUGCCUUCUCCUUCUCAGUCUACCUCCUCAUACCAACAGCCUCUCCAUGACAGACAACAGAGACAGCUAUUCUCAUCAUUUGACAAUCAGAGAGGACUCGGCCACCAACUCACAGAAACCCCCCACAGAGUGCCAGACAAUCUGAGAACAUUCUGGAAUGGACCAUUUGAGCUGGCAGACACCAGUCAGCAGCACACACUUCAAUAUCAGGACGAUGACCUCAUGUCAGUCACUCCGAGUGAUUGCAACACUGAUGUUUUGGUCAGUAUAAACCCCCUCACUGAAAAUCUGGCCCCGGACAAGCAGCAACUUAUCCCUGAUGACUUACCACUCCACAACAAGUUCAGCAACUGGUCUGGCCUUAGUCAACAGCGACCCCCAAGGCUCACUGGCAGCCCCCAGAGGUUUGAUGACAAAGGCACCCCAGUGCAGAAUCCUCAAAGAAACCGUGUUCUGUCAGAGAGUUUGAGCUCCAGUUUUAACCCUGACCCUGGGGCACACAAGGGUGACCGGAUGAGGGAGAUUGAGCGGCUGCGGAAGGAGAGAGAGAAGGUGAUGGCUAGUGUCCAUUUGGAGAUGAACCCCCACCAGCUCACCGUGGAAAUGGCUGAGGCCAAGUUGCAUUAUGGGUUGGGCGAGACAGAUGCCCUGCUGAAGGUGCUAAAAUCCGGCCCCAGGGAACAGUCGCCACCUCUCACCAAGCAGCACCUGUAUGACAAGCAUAGAAAGAGUAUUGAGGGGCUUAAGCAGAAUCGAGAAGCACGUCUGCAGACGUGUCGUCGUGCUCGCAGUCUCAGUCCCAGCAAACACGGCAGUGUUUCCAAUCGUGACCCAGACUCCUCCCCCAAGAUCAGUGACACACCGACGCGCAGACGGGGGUACCUUCAGCAGCUCCGCCAGGAAGUGGUGAAGACUAGCAGAGUCCCAGAACCUCAGAGGAGGGAGGGCCAGUGUCCCUCUGAGAUUGAGAUCCUGCUGCGGGACUACAGCCGUGCACGUGAGGAGGCGAGGACAGAGAUCGCGCGUGCACGGGAUCGUCUACGCGAGCGCACAGAGCAGGAGAAGAGACGGCUGCAGCAGCAGACUCUGUCUCAGGUGGUCCAGGAUGACUUGCGAACUCGUAACCGUGUGAGCAACAGCACACUCUGCACUGGCUCCAGCCUAAGCCUGGCCUCCAGCCCCACCUCAGGGUACAACAGCAGCAACCCUGUCAUCAUCCGAGACAUGCCGGUCACCGCUGGUGUACUUGAGAUGGGGUCCAAGGUUAUUGCCAGGCCUCCUAUUGGUGGAUCCCAGAGUAUGAGGUCCCAGCGUACAUGGACGUCCGCCCAGGAUAUCCGACUGGAGUUGCAGGGCUCAGGAAGUGACCCUCGUCCGUCCAACUCCCCGUCCUCUCCUCCAUCCCUCCGUCCACGCGCCCUCUCGUUUGGCUCCCCCUCCUCUCUGGCCACGGCCUACCAGGACAUCGCCUCUCAUGCCCUCACUCACGCUCUGGCUGAAGUCCGUUUAGCCAGUGCUGGAGAGUUACGCAACCUGCUGGCAGGGAAGAGUGCUGCUGGAUGGAGGCACCAGGGUUCCGAGCGCGGGGUGCAGGUGUUCCACAAGCCGGGCCCCAGGGCCACUGUGCACGGCUUUCUGGGGGCCAUGGAGCUGCAGAAGCCUGUGGAGAGCCUGUGGAGCGUGAUCCGAGACCACUCCAAAGCCCAUCUCUACAACUCCUCCGUCAGCUCCAGCUGGACCCGAGCACUGGACGAACACACUCAGCUGGUAUACAUGCUGAGCCACCCCUCCUCCUUCAACCUGAAACAACCACGAGAUUUCUGCUGCAUCAGCAUAGAGGCAAAGCAGGACGAGCGCUGGGUGAUGGCCAUGCAGUCCGUGUAUGAGGAGUCUCUGCCGCGGCCCAGCGUAGAUGCCGUCCGAGCCGAGGUGCUGCCCAGUGCCUGGAUCCUGCAGCCCAGCCGCAAGCAAGGCCAAGAGCAAGUCACUGUGAUUUACAUGCUGCAGGUGGACUUGGGUCCUCCCGCCAUUCCUCACAGACUAUUAGGUGCUAUUGCUCGAAAACAGGCCUCUGUCAUUGCUGAGCUUGAUGCCUUUUUUUCCCUGUGAAAGGGUGGCCUGGUCAUGCAGCCUCAUGCAGCAUUAUGCACAAAAGCUGCAGAAGAGUCGCUACGCCUAUAGAUACAGCAAACGCUUCUGGCUAACUAUGGAGCUGAAAGGAGCAGCAACAGCUUCUUGUUAAGCAUGCACACCACUAUAGCUACAAGAUAUGAGUUCAGCUGCAUGGUACAGUAUACACCAGUUUAGCUAUAAAUAUUUGAUGUAUUUUUGUGUGUCUACAUCUGUAGUUUGCAGCUGUACAUAUGAGCACUUCUACGUAUGUGCAGAAGGGCUUGUAAUGUCCUCACUGAAAUUUGCACCUCUUUGUUUUUUUGUUCUUUUUGACUAUGUAAUUAUUAUGUGUUUACGUGACUUGAUUCUAUAUCCGCACUGAUGGAAUGUACACAUUGUGAAUGAUCUGUCUUCCUGGUUUCUAAUGAAGUGUUUUUAUACUGGAGUUAUAUCUAAAUUGUUUUCAGUCACUUGGUGCCAAAGAGUAGUGUAGUUUCAUGUUGUUUACAAUAAUUGUCUUAAUAAUUGCCUUAAUGUUCUCCAUAUGUUAUGACUCCAAAGUGCUCCUUAUCACUCAGCAUAAUCCAUGGUUAUUCAUUGCACAUGAUCAGAGGAUCUGAGAUUUUAAAAGCCUGGUACUUCCUAAACAUAGUAUAGCUGUUAAAAAAUUGUGAAAAUUAGUGUUAUUUGGUGAUUAUUCAGUUAUUGGUAAUAUCUAACUUAUAUUGUAAAUUUAAUUCACAGCUAGGGACUGAACAAAUGCUUUUAUAUAUAAAGGCUUGUGAAAUAUCAAGUGAUGUAGUUUGAACUUGUAUAUUUUGCCAUGUUGUUAGUCACAUGCAGUGUAAAAUGUUUAUUUUAGCCUGCAUGAACAACUAUUUUGUAAUUUACCCACUCAAUCUCCUACGUCUAGUAGAAACAAACCACUUCUUACUGUACAAAAACCACUCUCAAGGAUCAAAUACUUAAAUUUGUGCACUAAAAUAUAUGAUUAUAUUUGUAAAGAUCUAUUUUUUAAACCGAGACCUGAUAAGCUUAUUUUAUGUCUUUUUUUUUAAUCAUAUUUAUGAAUGCCGUCAGUAUUUUAUGUUGGUUUUGUGGCUAGUCUGCGAGUCAGUGGAAUAGAAGCUCCAGCUGUGUGCAAUUAAAGGCCACCAGCUAGCUCUUACUUUUGCGUACCAUUCCAUUUGACAAGAAAAGUUAAAUUAGAUGUCGACGGACCCCUGAUAGCAGUUUUUUGUCAAUUCUUAUCAGAGUCUUAAUUAAAUAGUUAUAGAGAUCUGGAAGCUUUUUUUGUUGUUGGAGCACUGUCUUGAUUCCCCCAGUGAACCCAAAAAGAAGGACCUAGAGGUCUCCAUUUCCUCUGGGGCAGGAAAAUAUGCAGAGGAAUUGUUCUCCUUUAAUUUAGAAUAGACGUUACAAGAUCAUUGUACAACCGUUAAAUGAAUCUGUACAUAUCUAAAAAUGUAGCAUUUGACAGAAAUGUGCACCAUUUUAAAUAUAUGUAAUUUAUCAUCUGUAUUUGUGGUAUUUCCUCUGUAUCUAAAUAUUUUUAUACAUCUACAAAAUGUUUAAUUUAUGUGCACAAGUGCAUUAUUUUCUUAAAUACACAGACUUUUCUCACAUA